AUGCCCCCGGCGGCCGCGCGCGAGCGGCCCGCGGCGGCCGAGGCCGCUUCCGCGGCGAAGCCCUCCCCCGGCGCGAACGUCGGCGCGCGCGAGUUUACGCCGAGCCCGGAGACCGCGCGGGAGGCCAAGGCAAAGCUCCGCGCCGCCGCCGCCGCGGCCUUCGACGCGGCGCGCGCGCCGGCGACGGAGGUCCGCGGUGUCCGAGCGUCGGCGCGCGACCUCGAGGCCCUCGCGCACCAGGGGCUGCGAGCCGUCGCGAGCAAGCUCGCGCUCACGCCCGCGACCGUGAAACAGCUCGCGAAACUGAAGCUGAGCAACCAGCGCCGCGCCACGCAGCGCCUCGCGGACCGGGACGUCAUGUCCGGCGUCACGGACCCGAAUUCGUUUAUCGUUACGGAUCUCAAGAAGAACCCGACGAAAAGCACGCUCAUAUGCGCGGAUCGGCUCCUCGCCGGUCUCCUCGGGAAGCCGCCCGCGCGCCCGGAGCCGGCGCCGGCGAGCGAGCGCGAACUCGAGGGCCUCGCGCCCGCGCUGCGAGCCGUCGCCGUCAAGCUCGCGCUCGCGCCGGACGCCGUCGCGGCGCUCAAGAAGCACCUCAGCGGCAACCAUCAGGGCCGCGCCGCGCAGCGCCUCGCAGAUCCGGGCGUCAUGUUCGGCAUCAGCGAUCCGAACGCCUUCAUCCUCGCCGAUUUGCAGAAGAAGAAGAAGCGCGUGCUGCUGCGCGACGACGUCGGCGACGCGGCCGUCGACGCGGACCUCGUCGCGGCCGUCGACGGCCUCCGCCUCUCCGAGGCCUGCUACGACAUGCUGCGCAAUCUCAGCAAGGCGCAGCAGGCCCGCUACGCGUCGGCGCUCCGGUCCGUGGACUUUUCGACGGUCGGCGACCCGAGCGCGUGCAUCCUCCGCAGCCAGGUCUUGAGCGAGGCGUCGCCGCCGGCGACGCCCGGCGAACGGCGGCCGCGCGCGGAGCCGGCGGACUGCAAAACGCGGCGCCUGCGCACCAUGUUCCUCGGCGGCCUGCGCUGGGACGAGGGCACGGGCCCGACGUCGGACGCGGAGCUCGAGGGCGACAUCCGCAGCCUGCUCGGCCGCGCGGGCCACGGCGCCGGGCUCGUCGGCCUCUACGUCCAGCGCGCCCUCCAGCUCGCCUACGUCGAGUUCGACGACGGCGCGACGAUGCGGGCGGCGCUCGAGGCCUGCGAGGGCUCGAAGCUCCGCGGCUGCGACGUCCGCUGGGACGUCGCCAAGGCGAUCCCGUCCUUCAUGCUUGCUGAGCCGGCGCCGGCGGUGACGCCGGGCGGUGACGACGACGCGCCCGCGUCGAAGCGGCAGCUCAAGCGGGAGAAGCUCAAGUCGGAGCGGCGCGCCGCGCCGCCGGCGGGCGGCGACGACGCGCUGGGCCGCACGGUCUUCGUCCGGGGCCUGCCCGAUAUCAAAGCGGGGGAGGCCGCGGUCCGGUCCUGGAUGGCGGGCUGUGGCGCGAUCGCGUCCGUUGAGCUCGGGCACCUCGUCGGCCAGCGCCGCGGCCGCACGGCCACCGUCGUCUUCGAGACGUUGGCGGGCGCCGAGGCGGCCUGCGACACCUUGAAUGGCGAGUAUUUCUCGCGCAGCAGCAACAAGAUCACGGUCAACAAGUCGGGGCGGCCGUCGGUCGUCAAGUCGGUCGCCAAGGCGGAGCGGCCGCCCGUCGACGGGCCCGAGCGGCGGCUCCUGGAGAUGGAGCGGCGCCUGGGGGAGCGGGAGCGGCGGCUCUCCGACGAGACCGACGCGCUCGCGCGGCGGCGCCUCGAGGCCGGCCGCGCCGACGCCGGCGCGGAGCUGGCCGACGAGGUGCUCGAGCUCGUCGACGAGUCACCUUCGGGCACGAUCCUUUGCGCGAACCUGCCGCAGCACUACAAGGAGAAGUUCGGCAAGCUCCUGGACCUGAAGGCCCGCGGCGGCGCCAAGACCGUGCUGUCCCGCCUCCCGGGCGUGCGCUUCGAGGGCACCUUCGACGCCCGCGUGAGCCGCGAGCACGCGUCCCGCGCGCGCGCGCCCGCGGCCGCCGCCCGCGAGCGCGCGCCCGCGCCCGCGCCCGCCUCCGACGCGAAGCUGCGCGCGCUCGCCGCGGACGUGCUCGCGCUCUGCGACGCGGCGCCGUCCGGCGCGCUGCUCUGCGGCGACCUGCCGCGGCUCUACGGCCGAGCGUUCGGCCGGCCGCUCGACCUCGGCGGCAUGAAGAUGUUCGCUUUGAUGUCGCGGCUCCCCGGCGUCCAGCUCGCGCGGACGCCGGCCGGCACCGAGGUGAGCCGCCCGUGCCUCCCGGCCGGCGCCGCGGUCAGCCGCACGGCCGCGGUCGCGCCGCCACCGAAGGCGUCGCCCUCGAAGGCCGAGCUCAAGCGCCGCGUCGCCGCGUUCGCGAGCGCCGAGGGCCUCGACGACGGCUGCCGCGCGGCGCUCGAGCGCUACGCCGUGGCGGACGCCGACCGGUGCGCGCGCUUCCUGCGCGCCGCGCCGAGUAACCUCGGCGACGCCAGGGACCGGGCCGCGUUCGUCCUCGACGCCGUCGAGCGGCGCGCGUCGCUCGCGGCGUCGGCGCGCGAGCUCGCGGCCCUCGCGCCCGAGCUGCGGGACGUCGCCGACGAGCUCGCGCUCACGUCCGAGGUCGUCGCGACGCUCGCCGGGCUCGCUCCCGAGGACCAGACCCUCGUCGCGCUGGCCCUGCAGUCCGCGGACCUGGCGCGCGUCAAGAACCUCACGGGCUUCGUCCUCAUGGGCCUCAAGAAGGGCACGCUCCUGCGCAAGGGCCAGAAGCGGGAGGCCGUGCGGCGCUCCAACGGCGCGCCCGAGGAGUUCCUCUGCCCGCUGACCCUCGAGCUCAUGCGGGACCCCGUCAUCGCCGCGGACGGCCACACGUACGAGCGCGCCGCGAUCGCGGCCUGGCUCGCGCGCAAGUCGACGUCGCCCGUGACCAACGAGCGCAUCGUCAGCCACGAGGUCGUCCCGGCCCACACGAUCCGCUCCAUGAUCGCGCGCUUCGCGGACGGCGCCGCGGUCGCGCACGCGGCGAAAGGCGACUGGCAAGCGGCGAUCGCCGAGAGCGGCCGGGCGCACGAGACCUGGGAGUCCCACCUGCGCUCGCGGGCCGCCUCCGGCGCGGCCAUGGACUCGCCGAUGGCUUCCGUCGACGCGGCCGUCGAGAGCUCGCUGCGGAGCUUGGAGGGGACGAACGUUUCCGCGAAGGAGUGGACCCCGCCCGCGCGCGCCGCGGCCGAUUCCGCCGCGGCGGUUCCGCCGGUCGGGACGAACGUCGCCGCGAAGGAGUGGACGCCGAGCGCGGCGACGGCGGCCGCGGUGCCGCCGGCCCACCCCUGGGAGCGCGUGCCCGGCGGCGACGUGAACCGCAUCUUCGGCGUCGUCGAGUCCUUCCAGGCGGACUCCGGCUACCUUCGGCGCGCGCGGCAUCCCGCGGCGAACUCGCGCGACUACGACGUCCACUUCCGGAGCCGCGACGCGCCGCAGUUCGAAAGCCUCCAGGUGGGCACCGAGGUCGAGUUCACGCUCGUGGACUACUACGGAACCGCGUCCGCGACGGACGUCGCAGCGGCCGCCGCGCGGCCCGCAGCGGCCCGCGCGGGCGGCACGGGCUCCCUGGCGCGCGCCGCCCGGCGACCGGCGGCAUUCGCGGCCGAGCCCAAGGCGCCGCCGCCCUGCCGGUUCUGGAAGCAGGGCAGCUGCGACAAGGGCCUCGCGUGCCCCUUCAGCCACGGCGCGGCCGCGCCCGGCGCCGAGCUCGCGCCUCGAGCGUCCCCGGCCUCGAUCGGCGGCCAGGGCCCGGACGCGGCCGGCGCGGCGCCGCCGCCGCGGGGCGGCCGCCCCGCAAAAAAAAAGCCAGACCCCACGGUCUGCACCGCGUCGCCGGAGCAGCUCGACGGCCUCGCGACGGAGGUGCUCCGGCUCGUCGACGCGGCGCCGUCGGGCACCGUGCUCUGCGCGAACCUGCCGCGGCUCUAUUAUUUGAAGUACCGCAAGGCGUUGGAUUUGAAGGCCUACGGCGCCUCUAAGAUGAGCGCGCUCGUCUCCAAGCUCCCCGGCGUCCACUUCGGCGGCACGCACCGCGCCGAGGUGAGCCGCAGGGGCACGGGCCUCGGCGUCGGCGACGACGCGAUCGACGUGUCGGCCCUGGCGAUCCGCGAGGAGACGCAGGCGCGCGUCCGGGCGCACCGGGCGGAGCGGGACGCGGCCGCGAGCGGGGCGCUCCGCUACUUCGACCCGCGCGCGGCCGAGGACGCGGCGCGGUGGGCGGCCGGCUGCCGCGAAGUCGUCGUCCUCAUGCCCGGUUCGCGGCGCGCGGACCGGCCGCCCGGCCUGCCCCACGACUCCGUGGCGCUGCUCAAGCAGCCCGGCGCGUGGCCGGGCUCCUUCCUCCUCCGGUGCGACCCGGAGGCGUACCGCCGAGACCGGCGCGGCGUCCUCGACGAGCUCACGCGCGUCGUCGGCGCCGCCGCGCUGCGCGUCGAGUCCUGGGGGCUCGCCGGCGAUCCGCCGGCGGGACCGGCGCCGGCGGGCCUCGAUCCCGCGGCGGCCGAGGAGGCCCGGCGGGCGCGGGUCCGGGAGGAGCGGCUCCGGGACGAUGAGGCGGCCGCGCGGCGGCUCGACGCCGAGGACCGUUCGUCGCAGCCGCCGCGGCCGGCGGCGAGCGCGGAGCCCGCGCGGCAGGCGGCGGGCGGCGCGCCGACGUCCGGGAACGCGGCGCCCGCGUCGGCGCCGCUGCCCCGCGCCGCUCCGCGCGAGACGACGUCCGCCUUCGACGGGCCCGUGGCCUGGGACGAGCUCCAGCGGCGCGUCAAGGCCUUCGCCGACGCCCUCAAGCUCGACGGCCGAUGCCGCAAGACGCUCGAGGCCUACGCGGUCCGGGACGCCGACGCCUGCGUGCGCUUCCUGCGGGCCGCGCCCGGCGACCUCGGCGACCACGUCAACGAGUCCGUGCCCCUGAAGGACCGGAGCAAGUACGUCAGCCAGGCCAUCUUACACAACCACCUACUCGCGGCGUCCGCGAGCGAGCUUAACGCCCUCGCGCCCGAGCUGCGGAGCGUCGCCGACGCGCUCGCGCUCACGUCCAACGUCGCCAAGGCGCUGAAAAAGCUCAGCCUCGCUCAGCAGCGCCGCGCCGCGGAGCGCCUCGCGGACCCGGGCGUCAUGUUCGGCGUCCUGCUCCGGAACGCGUUCGUCCUCGCCGAGCUGAAGAAGAAGGAGCGAGGCUGCCUGCUGCGGGAUGAUCUCGGAAACGGGCGCGUCGACGAGGACCUCGUCGCGGCCCUCGACGGCUUCCGCCUUUCCAAGGACUGCUACCGGUCGCUCCGAGACCGCAGUCGGAAGAAGCAGGCCUUGUGCGCGCUGGCCCUCGAGUCCAUGGACCUGUCGAAGAUCACGGACCUGAGCGGCUACAUCGAGAAGGGUCUCAACAAGGGGACGCUCCUGCGCAAGGGCCAGGAGCUCAUGGGCACCUCGACUCCUGCUAUGGCCUCGCUCGUCUCCGCGGCCGCCGCCCGCGCGGGAAUCCGCCGCGAGGCCCUGCCGGCGCCGCGCGACGAGGACAACGUGCCCGAGGAGUUCUUGUGUCCCAUCAGCAUGGAGAUCAUGACCGAUCCCGUCAUCGCGGCGGACGGCCACACGUACGAACGCCGCGCGAUCGAGGCGUGGUUCGGGCGCGCGCACACGUCUCCGACCACGAACGCGCCGCUCCCGCACCUCAACCUCAUCCCGGCCCACACGAUCAAGUCAUUGAUCCAGCGCCAUCUCGAACAUUUGCCCUUCAACGAGUCGACGUUACUCUUUGUACAGAGACCUGGGCUCCUCCGGGUCGAGAACGAUACCCCUUGGGGCUGCGCCGAGACCGUGCUCUUCGAGGGCCGCGUGCCCUACGCGCUCACCGACGGCGGCAUGAACGUCGCGGCCAAGGAGUGGACGCCGACCGCGGCCCGCCUCCCCGCCCGCGCGCGCGCCGGCGCCGGCGCCGCGGCCGCCGGCGCCGGCGCGGCGGCCGCGCGGCGGGGCCCCGACCCGGACCUCCUGUCGCGGGUCCGCGCGCUGCCCCCGGCGGAGCGCGCGGCGCUCCUCGCGGCUCUGGCCGCCGGGGGCGCCGCGGCGGCGCCGCCGAAGGCCCCGGCGAGCGGCCGCAAGGCGGCCGUCCGCGACGCGACGGUCUGCGCCGCGUCGCCCGAGCAGCUCGAAGCGCUCGCGCGCGAGGUGCUCGGCCUCUGCGACGCGGCGCCGUCGGGCGCGAUCCUCUGCGCGAACCUGCCGCGGCUCUACUACCUCAAGUACCGCAAGCCCUUCGACCUCAAGGCCUACGGCGCCGCCAAGAUGGCCGCGGUGGUCUCGCGUUUGCCCGGAGUGCACUACGCGGGCACGCACCGCGCCGAGGUGAGCCGCGAGGGCACGGGGCUCGGCGACGGCGACGACACCAUCGACGCGUCGGCGCUCGCGAUCCGCGAGAAGACGCAGGCGCGCGUCCGGGCGCACCGGGACGCGCAGCUCGACGAGUUGCAGAGCCUCGACGCGCGGGACGCCCGGAGCUUCCGCGCCGUCUGCCCCGAGGGGUCUCUCGUCGUCGGCGCCGCCGCGACGCGCGAGGCCCAGACCGAGGCCUUCGAGACCGCGACGCGCGCCGCCGGCCGCCUCGAGCCGAUGCUCCAGCGCCUCGUCGAAGCGUGCGGUCUCGACGUCGGCGCCUGGGCCGAUCUCGUCGUCGAGCCGUGGGACGCCCAGCGGGCGCUCUUCAACGAGCUGCGGGCGGCGAACGACGACUGCGUCCCCGGGGCCAUGGCCUCGCUCGUCUCCGCGGCCGCCGCCCGCACGCGGAUCCGCCGCGAGGCCCUGUCGCUCGUCGACGCGUGGGCGGGCGGCGACGAGGCCCUCCCGACCUUCGGCGCGUCCGCGCUCCCGCGCGCCGUCGAGAGGGCCUUGGGCUCGGCCGCGGGCGCGGCCGCGGGCGCCGCGUCGGCGUCGCCGCCCGGCGCGUGGCGCGGCGAGUCCGCGCGGCGCGCCUCCGCGGCGGCGGCGUCGCGCUUGAGGAGCCAGAAGGGCGAGUUGAGGCCGCCGUCGACGAAGAUGCGGGGCCAGGGCGAGUGCAUGAUGUACUCCAUGGCGGACGCGACGGCCGACGGCGGCGGGUCGUUGACGGAGAAGGGCGCCCGCGGCGUCGCGCCCGGCCGCCGGCGCCUCGCGACGCGCCAGGCGAUCCUCCUGCGCGACUUCGUGCUCAAGGGCCGCACGGAGCCCUCGGGGAGCGUCGUCACCGUGUCCGCGGGCUACCUGCGCAACUUCAUGUUCCCGCGCCAGAUCGCCGUCCCCGCGACCCGGGCGAACCUCGCGGCCGCGGCCGCGCGCGCCGACGCCGCCGGCCCGGCCGAGCCCGCCGCGGCCGAGCCCGCCGCGGCCGAGCCCGCCGCGGCCGCCGCGGCCGUCGAGCCGCCGCCGGACCCGCGGGCCCAGACCAUCAAACCCUCCGCGCGCACGCUGCAGCGCGACAGCAGGUAA